CGGGCGAAGAGACAGAUCCUGACCUCAUCAUGCAUGCAAGGUGGAAAUUACUGCGCUGGCAGCCCAUGGAACACUGUGACUGCCCUGCAGUAGUGAACUAUCUUUGAAAUCAGGUAUUUUCUGAGCCAUAUUCUUGAAUGAAUCCUUCGUGAAGGCAAGCUCAGGGACAAGGGUGUUGGAGUAUAUAUUUCAAGAUGAAUCCCCUCAAAGACGAUUCUUUUUCUUCAGGCUCAAGCUCAACUUUGCAAAUCACACUCUCCAAUCCUCUCUAGUUCAACUCAGAACCCAUCACACCAAUAAACAACAAUGAAGUUCCUUUCAACCGUCGCCGUGGCGCUUGCCUCGAUGUCUGCUACCGUCAUGGGAAGCUCAUAUCCUUACGAAAGACUCGACAAAGAGAAGGCUGUUCUCCUUGUCGUCGAUCUCCAAGAUGGCCUUUACAACGCUGUCCGUGACUUUGAACCAGUUACCUACAAGGAGAGCAUCAUUGCGCAUGCCGCCAUUGGAAAGCUGUUUGAUCUGCCAGUUAUCUUGACUACUUCCGCAGAGCAAGGCCCCAACGGACCCCUGCCAAAGGAGAUUACUGGCAUGUAUCCCAACGCAACUUUCAUCAAGCGCCAGGGUGAAGUCGAUGCCUGGGACAACAAGGACUUCCAAGCUGCUGUCAAGGCUACCAACAAGUCUCAGGUCAUCCUUGCCGGAAUUGUCACCGAUGUUUGCACGACUCAUCUCGCCUUGUCUCUUCGAGCUGCGGGAUACUCUGUCUGGGCCAAUGCCGAGGCCUCUGGCAGCUCUUCUACCUUUGUCCGCGAGAUCUCCAACGACAGGAUGAGACACGCAGGUGUGCAAGUCGUCAGCCUGUUCUCUAUCGUUUGCGACCUCAUGAGGGACUGGCGAAACGUCCCCGGUGCCGCAGAGGUGCUUCCUUACCUUGACAAGUACUUCCCCGUCUACGGCAUGGUUGCUCGGGCUCACGCCGCUGCCAAGCUUGACGGUGUUAUCCAGCCUGGCGAGGCCGGUCUUAUCUAAGCUUUUCGUGAGACUGCUGUUGGGUUAAUGACUCUUGUGGACUCGUGUGGGAUUGGAAAAAGGAUGAAUAUCCAUAAUUACAUAGUAUGUUUUAGUUGACCUUGGUAUGGGUUUUUCCUUCUGGGUUUUCCCACGCCUCGGUUCGAAUGCAAGG